AUGCCCAAAAAACGUGAAGCCGUCGUAUCAGAAGAAUCUGGUGAAGAAGGAACAAAAGACCUUGAUCAAGAAAGCGAGGAACAAUGUGAUGAGGAAACAGCGGAACCAGUUUUUUUAUUGAUAUCAGAACUCGAAAAAUUUGGAAUCAAUUCUUCGGAUAUAAAAAAACUUAUCGAACAUGGGUACACUACUGUACAAUCUGUCGCCUUCUCUCCUAAAAAAGCCUUAUACGACAUCAAAGGAAUCUCAGAGAUGAAAGCGGAUAAGAUUCAAUUGGAAGCCAUUAAAUUGGUCCCUUCAAUGCAAAGGUUCGAGACGGCAACCGAGAUUCGAAUGAGAAGAGAAUACUAUCUUUACAUUACAACUGGAUCACAAGAAUUGGACAGACUUCUGGGAGGAAAAGGCGUUGAAUCCGGGUCAAUUACGGAGAUAUUUGGAGAAUUUAGAACGGGAAAAAGUCAAAUAUGUCACACACUUGCGGUGGCCUGUCAGGCAAGAUAUUUAUUUAACUUUCUACCGACAAGGAAUACUAUGAUAUUGAUGUUCGAUUUAAUAAAGCUACCUGUUGACGUGGGUGGUGCGGAAGGAAAAUGCAUUUACAUCGACACAGAAGGCACGUUCCGUCCGGAACGAUUGGUUGACAUCGCCAAUCGAUUCGGAAUGAAACCUGAAGAGGUUUUGGACAAUGUGGCCGUGGCCAGGGCAUAUAACACAGACCAUCAAAUGAAUCUGUUGAUUCAAGCAGCUGCAAUGAUGUCCGAAUCAAGGUUUGUCACGGCUUUAUACAGAACCGAUUAUUCGGGAAGAGGUGAACUUGCAGCUCGACAAAUGCAUUUGGCCAAGUUCUUACGAGGUCUUUUGCGCUUGGCUGACGAGUAUGGUGUUGCGAUAGUAAUUACAAACCAAGUUGUGGCAACUGUCGAUGGAAAUAUGAUCCCGGGUGGAAGUUCGGACAAAAAGCCUAUUGGUGGAAAUAUUUUAGCUCAUGCAUCAACUACAAGGGAGAGAAUCGAAUUUGCAAAAUUUAUGAUUCUCCAUGCCUUCCCGAAGGAGACGCCAGAUUUUCUAUCGGUAUCGGGGGUAUCGAAGAUCCGGUUGAUUAAUUGUGUUGGAAAGUUCAUUCGAGUUGGCGAACUACAGCCUUGCAACCAUCCUAUCCAAAACCUUUUUAAAUCUGCUUCCUUAUUGCAUAUCAUUCAUCACAUACUUUAA